AUGGAGAGGAGUGAGAGAAGGGGUCUGGGGGCUGGUGUUGAGGCGCUGAGGGGAGAGCUGGAGGAGGUGGGCCUGGGGCUGGAGGAGCUGGGAUAUUGUCCCUGGGAGGAGGUGGAUGUUCCCCGCAUGGAGGGGGGCUGUACUCCCCUUAUCACUGCCUGCCAGAGGGGCUUGACUGAGGUAAGCACCAUCGGGGGAGGGGGAUCCUUCAUUCGGUUCAGGGGGAGGUCUGUCUGGUAUGUUAGUCUGCUUCAGAGACCCUUUGAUUGAACUGAAUGGAACUGACCUGAUAAGAUAUGAUUAGUAUUCUUAUUGUUAGUGAAUAAGCAUAUAUAUAUAUAUAUAUAAAUGGAAACAGCAUGGCUGAUAUGCUUUAUACAGACUUUGUUCUGUUUAUGAGGUUGCAUGUUUAUUAGUCUUACACAUUAUAAUCUACAUUCAACAUAAGCAUCACUGUGUGAAUGAAUUGAAGGAAUAUUUAAAUCGAAAACAGUUUAAUAUACUGUGAGGAUGUGAACAAUCCAUUUAAACACAGGUGUUGUAAAACAGAAAUGUUUUCCUCUGAGCGUUAAAGUAACAUUACUCUUCAGUUGUAUUUUUCCUCCCAAUAACAAUAACACGGUGUCAUACAUGUUACAUCUCACGGGGGGGGGGGGGGAUUGGUAAGACAGAUGAAGACCUCAUUAUUAUACAACCCAUGAUCAUUCUCUGGAGAUAAACUAUCAAAACAACCACAUUACUUUCUGUUAGUAUUGUCUAAGGCCACAGGGGAAAGAACUGCUUGCAUGUGUCUCAGGAGUUGGGUCUUUCCAGCUUUUGUUUUGACUCUGUAUGAUUGAACAGAUUUCACUGUUACCAAAGCAAAACAUGGCAUUGUACUUUGUACUCUGAAGAAAACGUACAAUAAACCCCAUACUAUUAUGCUGGCUAUCAUUUACUUGACAUUUACUUGACCUUUGCCAUUUUGAAAUAGGUGACCAAAGCAUGUCUUAACCCUACCCUGCCCAUACAACAUGGGGGGGUAUUUAAAUGUCGAUUUUGUUAUCAGGUUGUACACUUCCUUCUGAAAAGAGGAGCCGAUGUGACUCUGUGCAACCAUAGAAACCAGACACCACUGCAUGUGAGUCUUCCUGUCCUCCAGGAGGUGCUGUUAUCAGCCAUGUUCAGGCCUCUGUCCCACCAGACCCAGCUCCUCCAGGCUGCCUGGCAGGGAGACCUCGACUCCCUGCAGCACCUCCUGGUAAGUCCCCCUCCCCCCAAACCUCCUUUACAACGCCUCACCAUAGAACACACACACACACGCACAAGCAAGCACCAAGAGUGCACACACAGUCACUGCCACUGAUAUCACUCCCAACGCCCUUCACAUUGUGUAACUGGAAAUGUGAUACACAACAUCAGGUGCUUGUCUAACAACGGGGUAAGCUAGAGUUUAGAUUAGCACAAAGGACAGCAUUUAGUGGAUGCAGCCGAAGCGGCUAUGAGCAUUCCAACUCUAAUCAUCUCCAGGACAUUUCUCAUUUGACCUAUCUUUAUUCGUAAUGCUCUUUCAAAGUGAAGGACAUUUGUGGAACUCAGGCACCAGUGCUGACCCUAUAUAUCUAUGUCUGGUGUGUUACAGGCCCAGACUGACCUAGUGGAUGUGAACACUCAGAACCGCGACGGGCUGACCCCUCUGAUGCUGGCUGUGAGGGACGUCGACCUGUUUGAGGGGCUGGACGUCCGGUUGCCAUGGGAAUACAGACCUGUGGAGGUGGUCAGGGAACUGCUGGCUCUCUCAGCGUAAGGAAACCUGCAGCAAUGACAAUAACGCUUUGGUUUUGUUAUUACAACAGCCUAAAACAUUAUUACAACAGCCUUAUUGCAAAAUGACCUUAUUACAGCAAUACAAUCUUAUUAUAACCUGACAACAUAAUAAUAUAUUCCACCUCCCAAGCUAACAAUUUCCUUGUUCCAUAACAGCACUGAACAAAUACUAUUUCACAUUGCCCCUGCAUUUUUAUUGGUCUAUCUCUAUAAAUUAUGUUAAUUAUUCUCCCUCUGUCCAAACAGUAACCUGGGGGUGCGUGAUGUCCACGGCUGUUCUGCUCUUCACUAUGCUGCUCAGAUAGAGAGCCCCCUGAAAGACCAACUCAUCCAGAUGAUGGUUGUGUCCCUCGGACAGCCAGGUAGAACAUGACUUUCGACCAAGAUGAUCAGACAAUGUUGUUACUACAGUUAUUACUGUGGAAUUACGUGACAUGACUUUCAACAGUGAUCUUCAGACAAAUCCAACAUAACACAACAGAGAUUUUUGGUAUGGUUUGAUAUAUUCUCUGUUUACUGUUGAGGAUAUUGCAGGGAAAUACUUUUAUAUCCAAGUACAAACCAUGUGAUCUGCUUUGAGGAUUACUUGUUAUACGCGUACUAGUACCACACCAAAUCUGCUUAUGUUUGUGGCAGUUCGUUCUUGUGACAUCACAGUACUCAGGUCAUGUACAACAUGAUGCCUUUAAAGUUUUCCUCUAAAGUAGAUUUUACAAAUCUAUCCUGACAGAAAUGCAAUACAGAUUUGAUUCAUCUAUUAGGUUACUGAAUAGCAAAGGAGGCUGCUGAGGGGAGAACGGCUCAUAAUAAUGGCCGGAAUGGCGCAAAUGGAAUACCAUUUCACUUAUUCUGCUCCAGCCAUUACCACAAGCCCCUUCUCCCCAAUUAAGGUGCCACCAACCUCCUGUGGUGAAUAGUAUUGAUUAAUAAACCAUUUAGUCGAUCUGUGCGGUGUGUACUUGCGUAAUCAAAUGUUUUCCUGUGCUUGGAGGCGUGGUCAAAGCCAGCACUCAUAUGGGAAAUCCUGGUGAAUUCCUGAGGGGCUGAGUGUGUGAGAGAGGGCCUUGUUUCCUUCUUGUGCUCACUGACUCCACUAACUCCACAUUUCCGUCUCAUUCUUCCCUGGCCAACAAACAGCACCCAUGCCCCUGGACCUGCAGUGCUUCCACCUUGAUGAGCUGAGAGCAACAAACUCCCCCAGCCCCUCUCCCUCUCUGACCGAUGAGCUGAGAGCAACAAACUCCCCAAGCUCCUCUCCUUAUCUGAUCCAAAAUGUCCUAAUUCAGACUGUUACCAGCACAGAGGUAAGUGAACGUCAUGUUGUACAGUUAUGUAAGAAGUGUACAAGUCUGUAAUUUUGUGGAGACAUGCUUCAUAAUGUGAUUUUGUUCACUAUCUGUUAUCUGUCAAGAUAUUUUCACUUAAAGUACAUUUUAAGCUCAUCAAAUAUAUUAAUACAAGACAAGUUCAUUACAAGACAAGUUAGUUGUAUUGCAUCAAAACACUGUUUACUACACCAUAGCUUUUGUCUCAAUUGCAUUAUUUAUUACUUAACCAAACAAUGCCCAAAUAUCCCUAAUCAAUCAAAAGGCUUAAUCCAUGGUAGCUCUUCCGCUAAAGCAAUGGGGCCCAAUUCACCAGAGGCCUGAGUUAGAUCAGUGUAAUUGGCUGGUGGGGAGUCUGUGUUCUGACUGGCUGACUCUUAGCUACAUCCUGACUUUGCUUUGAAGUGGACUUCACAGGUGAGACUGAGGCAGGGAGCGCAGCUGGCUACUGUCUGAUGUCUAAUGACCCGGCCCACUUAUUGAAUAGAGGAAGAGCAGAUGGUUGACAGAGGCUACCCCAGGAGCACACAAACACAGCAGACUGGGAGCUAAUGUGAAGCUAUAGAGAAGGACACCAUUUCAAAAUUUUAGGCCACCCCCAGGGAAAUUAAAUGGGGUGGAGUUGUUAAUCAGAUGUUUAACAAUCUAAUUUGUUAUAGGCUCUGAGACAAAUGUCAGGUGUAAACAACAACCACUAUCACCAUCGUCCUCCUAACUACACUUAGGUCAAUGAUAUCAUAGAUGUUUUUGUCAUGUCAAAUGCCACAGGAAUUUAGGCUACUAUGAUCAUUCUUAUUUGCCCAUGUUUUUCCCUUGUAGGAUGUUCUGGAGUCUCCAGAGUGUGUUCCUUUAUCCGACCAUCAUAAAGCCAUCAGCCAAGGUAGGAUGUAUUUCCCUAUUGUGCACUGACAGUGACUCCUUGUGCCUCUGGUCUGUGUGCCCUGUAGGCUCUACAGAAGACCCCCCCCCCUCCUCCCAAACACACCCUUCCCCUCUCCUCACACACUGGGCCUAUCCCACAAAGAGACAGCCACAAAGGCCAGCCCUGCCAUGGCCCAAGCUGAUUGGCUCAGUGUGCUAAAUCACUCCCCUCAGGGAGACACAAUACAGACUUCCAGCUGGAAACCUUCCUGACUCCUGUCAGACACACUACAGACACACACAACAGAACAGAGUAGCUCAGAGAGCGAAAACGAGAGUGAGCGAGAGAGAGAGAGAGAGAGAGAGAGAGAGAGAGGUGUACAGCCCCUCUCAAUCUCAUUCUGUCAUAUAAUCUGAGUAGGCUGAGAUGAUGGUAGACUGUACUAACUGGCUCUGAAACAGGUAACGUCUAUUGUUUCUUAUGUUGUUCUCCGACCACUCUGUUUGGAAAGUACUGUAAAUGCUAAAUGUCAUUUGUAGUUUUCUGCACAUAGGCUGUGUGCAGGAACAGUUGUGUGUAAAAACAACAAGAGUAAAUAGUGUAAAAUGUUUGGCAUUAUACAGUGUUUAUAAGUUGUAUUAUUGGUUAAUUUUGAUCUUGGUGAAAUUCUACUGAGUUUAUCAUAAACAGUAUCAUGGUGGAGCGUCUGAUUUGUCACUGGACUGUUGUGAUACUGAAUGCUAUCCGACAUGUGACAGAGGAACCAUUCACUGUUGGCCUGCGACUUUUGCUGUUGACACACAGUAGCAGUAAUGUCCCUGCCGUGUGUGAAAGGUACAUCAACCCCUACUGACCUCAGGCUGUGUUGGAUGUGUCCUGUAGAUAAGGGGCUCUCCCUCUCCUUCCAGAGCGCCAUGGAUACCCUGAGGGACAUGAGGCAAGCCUACCAAGAUCUGGGGAAGGGUAGCAGGUGGGCACGCACACACACACGCUCCAUGUUAAUUAGAACGGCUAUUAAUUAAUAUAGCAAUACAGUAACCACAGAGCUAAUUGACAGUCAGGAACCCACCCAAACACCAACACCUGUUCACACAGACACACACAAAAACUUAUGCACACAUCCUUGCAAUCAACAAGCACUCUCGCACACAUGAACAAACAAAUCCACCAUACACUAGUCCCUCCUCCUUGUGUGUACUUCACCCCCCAAUCCCCCUUCCACACCUCCCUCUCACUUUUACAUAAAUACAGAAUAAGAAGUGUCCAGUUACACGGUCAGGCCAGCAGUCAUCAUGUCAAGGGCAUGCCAAUCUCCCCGAACAGAGAACAGAGGGAGACAGAGAGAAACAGAGGGAGAGAGGGAGGAACAGAAGGAGAGUCUACUUUGCUCUCUGAAACAGAUCAUUGUCUGUAGGGCUCUUACUGCUGAAAGAGGUCCAAAGGGAUCCUGGGAGAAUAAACCCCUUUGAAAAGUUCUCUCACUUUACAGCAUCAGCUUCCCUGGCCAGCGUCCCUCUGCUGUGCCCUCUGUCCUGUGUCCACACAGAACGGAGAAAGUGCAAUUGAAGAGGAGGGACAGUGUUCAUUAUUAGGAAAUGAUAUCAGAUUACCCUACGUCUCAGCUCCAGGUUCAAGAUCAAAUAUAUAAUAUCAAGCCUUGUAAAUUUUGUGAAUCUUAGAUGAUUUGAAGGAACCACAUUAUUUUACCAAGAUUGUUCAAGAUUGCCUGUGAGGUAUAUGAACUCAUACUAAGGAUUUAUUCUCAAAUCUAAUUUGUUCUCUCUUCAGUCGAGGUUCAUCUCUACCCAGUCUGUGGUUCAGAGCCAGACACUUAAACAAACUGGAUCCUACACUGGGGCUAUUGACGACCACGGGAAGCUCCUCCUGCCUGCCUGUUCCCCCCAGGCUCAGGGGCAGAUGUGAGGCUGUGGCCCCCAGCCUGGUGUCCCCUCACCCAGCCCAGCUGAGCCAAUCUGCCCCCGGUCUAUUGGAGCCUCUCCUGGACUCGAGCUCUCUGGUCCAGGCCCGAGCCCACAUCCAGAACAGUUAGUAAUAUAAUAAUCAUAUAAUGUCUGCUACAGGCUUAGAGGACAAUAUAAGGUUGCCAUGUUGUUGAUUAAUUUGUUUAGGUAAAGGUCAUACUCAUGAAUGGGUUUCGAGAAGUACUCUUUGUUGAGGAAAUUAUCUUAUGUUUGUAAAGCUUGGCAUGUUCUUGUCUUGCAGGGCUUGGGUGUGGUGAAACUGAGAAAACAAGUAAUGGUCGAAAGGUAGGUCAACUCGAAUGAAUAAUGUUUUAUUUGUACAUCACAUUUUCAUACAGCUUCCUUAGUUUGAAAAACCAACUGUAAUUUGAUAUUUAUUCACAUUUCCAAUCAUCUCUGUCCAGAGCUCCUUCCCUGCCCUGCUUCCAGGCCCCAUUAGGACCCCCAAGCUGUUAGCCCCUCUGGAGGGGAGGCAUAGAGACGGAGGAGUACUGCCCGGCCUGAAGCACCCUUCUCCCCUAAAGCCCAUCAGCCUGGUGCCCCUGACCUCCAUGCUGAGGAGGGAGAGGCUGGCCAGGACCAGGGUGAGCCCCAGAGGGUCCCCAGGCACCAGGGGGGGAAGCGAAGAGAGCAGCUCCAGUAGCCAGUCCUCCAUCGACCUGGAGGAAGAGGAGGAUGAGAAUAAGAGAGACUUAAGAGAGACUACAGCAAAACAACAUGCUGGAGAGACUUUUGAGGGAAGGUUGCACUUGGAUCUAGACUCAUCUGGAAAGUUUAAUGUUGGAGAUUACAGUGAGGAUAAUGCAGCCCAUUGGAAUAGGGAGUCGACAAGACAUCAGGGGGCCUUUACUAGGGAUAUCAAGGAAGGAGUAUCUAUCAAAUCUGACCCUGAAGGGAGAGGGUACAAAGCAAUAAUUGAAAUGAGGCACAAACUUAACCCCGAUUUGACACAUUUCAAAGAUGUUAAGAGCACUUCAUGCUUUGAGGGGGAUUGUGAGGAUAAGGUUGUGGCAGUGGAACAGACAAAGGUGAUGUGCUCAGGGGGUCUCUCAAAAGAGACCACAAGAACUGAGCCAACUACCACAUACCCCUUUGUAUCUAAAAGAAAUGGAAAGAAAGAGAUUCAAGUUGAUGACAAUAAUGCAAAGACUGGUGUUGUGGAUGACACCAAGUAUCAAUGUCUUCCUUCUACUGUGAAUAUCACAUUACCUGAAUUAAACCCUCCUACAGAGAAAAAGAUCAAACCUAUCAAGCCUGUCAAGAACAAAGAGAGAAGAGGCAGCACUAGUGUCCAAACCAAAACCAAUCAGUCUUUCAACGUCUUGGCACACAAAGAUCACAUUCGGGGGAACAGCAAGUCCAAAAGCAACCUGAGGACUUCACCCAUUCCUUCACAAGUCAAAGGCAAAGUCAGAAAACCUCCUGAUCUCAUCAUCAGUGGGGAGGCCACAGUGAAAUCAAGGAUAAUCUCUACCAAGACUGGUCAGAAAAGCACAGACUCAACCUCUGUCAGAACGAGGGUUACAGAGCCCUUACGUCCAAGCUGCAAAAGGUUGAACAAUGACAAAAAGGCACUUACUAAAAUAAAAGCCCCUUGUCAGAAACCUAUUCAGCAGAGGGAGCCGAAAAGUGCCAGACAACCCAAGACUGGGUCACAACUGGGGACCCUGAGGGCCAAGUCAGCCGUGGACUACAUCACCUACAGUGAUAUGUUCCAGGAAAUCAACACCGGGCAUGAGGAAGGACCAGUCAUCUAUGAGAUGUUUGCAGGCCCGGUGUUUGACAACAUUAGAGUUUCCAGUUCAUGUGAGAGGACCAGGCAGGUCCAGUCUGCCCCAUCUAGGAAGACCCAAACCCACAGGACCAAACACAAAUGCCCUAAACCACUGGAGAGCAGUAGACUGAGGCGAAGCCCAGUGGACAAGGGCAAGCAGAGGAAGAAUAGGGCUAUUAGGCCUAUUUCCAGGGGAAAGUCGCAUCUAACGCCUAUCGCCAUCACGGAUGACAAAGACGACGUGGUGGUAAUUUCUGCGCUCGACUGGCACAUCCAGACGAAGAAUGAGCUGCUCCUCAGUAAAGAUGGAGAAGAGACAGUCUCUCCCAACACACCAGAGGUUCAGGAGGGGGACCAUACGUUGUCACUGUCAGUGAUAGAUGAAGUGCUGUCAAUGUCCAGCCAUGCGUCAAACCCACUAAUAUCUCACCACUGGCCGAGAGACAAAACCUCUCCCAGUCAGACAAAGACUAAACUCACAUCUCAUUCUGACCCAGACGAUGAUCGCCUCCAUGUGCAGAACAAUAGGGGACCCAUCGGGAACAACAUAUCAGAAAAUGACAAUAACAAUAGCAAGGCAAAUCACCUAGACCAUUCAUCCACUCCAUCCUAUUGCCCAGUGCAGCCUAAGAUCAACACCUGGACCUCAGGUAGCUGUGACAGCAGGACCUUGUCCCCUGUGUUCCAGAAGUUUCUGGAUGAUGUGGGGGAGGGACCACUGACCGAUGACCUGCUCCGUUGUCUGGCAGAAGAGCUGAUAUCACUGGAUGAGAGAGAUGGUGUAUCUCCAUGUCCAGAAAACAACUGUGACUCAGACCAGAGGGAAUUCAGAAACGAUUCUGAGCCGAGAUGUGAGAAGUUACUGGGGGUAAGCUAGCACUAAAGAAUUACCUACACCAAUUACAGCUAAUCAUAUAUAUAAAUCACAAAUGUGUAACUUCUUACCCUGUGCGUUUGUCCACUAGGAUAUUACAUCACCUGGAGAAGUGCUCAGUGGGUCUAGGUUGGUAGUGGAUGAUGCCAUCACCUGGAGGAAAGGAGAAGUGCUGGGCAGAGGAGCUUAUGGAACUGUGAGUACGUCAGCUUCUCUGUUGCCUUGGAAAAGAGGAAAAGUGACAUCACAGUAAAGAGAACCAAUCAUGCCAACACACAAACCUUGCUAUAGCUGUACAAUCCCAUAUCAAAACAAGGCUACCUUCAUCUCAGACAUUCAACUGAAACAGUUUAGCUAAGCUCUUGGGUAUCAAAUGAGUACCUGUGCCUGUCUAUAAUAGGAAUUUAAAGUAUGUUUUGGCUUUAAAUCAUAAAGCUUAAUAUUUUUGCUGUUUUUAGGUGUUCUGUGGACUGACCAGCCAAGGCCAGUUGAUAGCCGUAAAACAGGUGGCCCUGGACGCCUCAGACCUCGACACCGCAGACAAGGAGUACAACCGCCUACAGGAGGAAGUAGACCUCCUAAAGAACCUCCAUCACAGCAACAUUGUGGGAUUCCUGGGCACCUCUCUGCGGGACCACAUGGUCAGCAUCUUCAUGGAGUAUGUCCCCGGAGGAUCCAUCGCCAGCGUGCUCCACCGCUUUGGCCCCCUUCCGGAGCGCGUCCUGGCCCUGUACACCCAUCAGAUCCUGGAGGGGGUGUCCUACCUGCACCUCAACAGGGUCAUCCACAGGGACCUGAAGGGGAACAACGUGAUGUUGAUGCCUACAGGAGUAGUCAAGCUGAUAGACUUCGGCUGCGCCCGGCGUUUGAGUUGCCUCACUCACACACACAGUCGUAGUGACCUCCUGAAAUCGGUGCACGGCACGCCCUACUGGAUGGCGCCGGAGGUCAUCAACGAGACGGGUCACGGCAGGAAGUCGGACAUCUGGAGCGUGGGGUGCACAGUGUUUGAAAUGGCCACAGGGAAGCCGCCGCUGUCACACAUGGACAAGAUGGCGGCGCUGUUCUACAUCGGGGCGAGGAGAGGCCUGAUGCCCUCACUGCCUGACGGGUUCUCAGAGGACGCCAGGGAUUUUGUUCAAGUCUGUCUGACCAAGUGAGUUGAUCUACAAUUCUGUACUUACAAGCAAAAUGUUACAUAUAAUAAUUUUAAAGGGAUAGUUCAACCAAAUGACUGAUGUUUCCUUACCUUGAAUGUGGUCUCCGAAUAAGUAGAUUGGGAUCUACACUGUGGGUUUGUAUAGAAAGCUACAAAGACUAAAGUAAAACAAACCCAAGUGUGGAUUAACAUUUCAGUAACUUAAUUAGAUUAACGAUCACUAAGUCAAACAAAGAUAAAUGUGACAACUCAUCAAGUCAGUAAAUCAUGAUAAUAAAGGGCAUCCAAGUUGAAUAACAUUAUUCUGUCCUCUUUGCAGUGACCAGAAACAGCGCCCAUCUGCAGAACAACUAUUGGACCACCCUUUCAUUCCCAAG